GCCCGCCGUCGAAGCAAGCGCGCACGCACUCGCACACACACACUGAGACAGUGAGGAGGAGGAGGGAGGCCGCCGCCGGCCGGCCGGAGCUCUAGAUCAUAGCAGACGACGACGAUGGCCCGGUUCGUGGACCCGCUGGUGGUGGGGCGGGUGAUCGGCGAGGUGGUGGACCUGUUCGUGCCCUCCAUCAACAUGACCGUCGCGUACGGGUCCAAGGACAUCAGCAACGGCUGCCUCCUCAAGCCCUCCGCCGCCGCCGCGCCGCCGCUCGUCCGCAUCUCCGGCCGCCGCAACGACCUCUACACGCUGAUCAUGACGGACCCGGAUGCGCCGAGCCCCAGCGACCCCACCAUGAGGGAGUAUCUCCACUGGAUAGUGACUAAUAUACCAGGGGGAACAGAUGCAUCAAAAGGGGAGGAGGAAGUGGACUACAUGGGCCCGCGGCCGCCGGUGGGGAUCCACCGCUACGUGCUGGUGCUGUUCGAGCAGAAGACGCGCGCGCGCGCGGAGGCGCCGGCGGAGCGCGCCAACUUCAACACGCGCGCCUUCGCGGCGGCGCACGAGCUCGGCCUCCCCACCGCCGUCGUCUACUUCAACGCCCAGAAGGAGCCCGCCAACCGCCGCCGCUAAUCAACAGCUACCUCUGCCUCCCCUCCACGGCGCGCCAGCUGCUAGCUGCUGCGAGUGCGUGCGUGCGUGCGCCGGCCGCCGGCGGUUAUAUUAUAAUUACCGCCGCCGGUGAAUGAAUAAGUGCUUUA